AUGGAUCAACCCUCCAUGACUGAAAAGACUCAAAAUGAGGCAGAUACCAAUAACUUGGAUAUGUUCUCUCACUCCCAUGCAUCAACCCCACAUCACAGACAGGGCCACAGAGGAGGUCACUGGCAUCAUGAGCCAUGGCACCAUGGCACCAGGACUACUUUGAUGAUGAGCACCACCAUGGUAGCAGGAGACAUCACAACAGGCACCACCACCAUACUGAGAAACACCAGGAUGGACCCCACCACCAUGCUGAGGCCCACUACCAGGGUGGACCCCACCACCCUGCUGAGAGCCACCACGGUGGACCACGCCACCAUGCGGAGGAUGGACCCCACCACCCUGCUGAGAGCCACCACGGUGGACCCCGCCACCAUGCUGAGGUCCACUAUCAGGAUGGACCCCACCACCAUGGUGGACCCCGCCACCAUGCUGAGGCUGAUCACCAUGGUGGACCCCACCACCAUGCUGAGACCCACCACCACAGUGGACGCCUUCACCAAGAUGAGUCCUACCUCCCCACUGACCAUCAUCACUACAGGGAGGCUUAUGAUGGUGGGAAUCAUAGCACACGCAAAGAGUUCAGCUUUCAGCUUGGCUCGUUCCCGCAGCGUUCACUCUCAAAUCUCUAGGAUCUCCAAUAAAGUCCAUCCCCAGGAGUCCUCCUCUAAGUCUUUGGAAGACUGGACUGAAGAUGACGAGCAAUUUCAGAAGCGCAAAACCAUGCUGAUGCAGCGGAGUCACAAGAAGCACACUAUGGGCUUCUGCUAUUGGUUGUGGGAAAAACUAAGCGACCUGUUUCAGGAACUCCGGGCCAUUCUCAGAAACCUGACUGAGUCCCUGGCCUUUGAAGUCUUCAUCAUCCUUAUCAUCUUCCUCAACACUAUCAUGCUUGUGGCCCAGACUUUUGCUGAAGUUGAGGUCCGGGGAGAGUGGUACUUCCUGGCCUUGGACUCCAUUUUCCUGUGCAUCUACCUGAUUGAAGCUGUGCUCAAGAUCAUCGUUCAGGGCUUCAAGUACUUUUUUGACUCCUGGAACAAACUGGACUUCCUCAUCGUGGUCAUGGCUGUGCUGGAUUUCUUGCUCCUGCAAUUCGACGCCUUCUCCACGCGCUCUGUCUACAACCAGAGCAUCUUCCGGAUCCUCAAGGUCUUCAAGAGCCUCAGGGCACUGCGGGCCUUCCGGGUGCUGCGGAGACUCAGCUUCCUGACCAGCCUCCAGGAAGUGGCCGGAACCCUGGCCCGGUCCUUGCCAUCCAUCACGGCCAUCCUCAUCCUCAUGUUUACCUGCCUCUUCCUCUUCUCCGUGGUGCUGCGAGCCCUCUUCCACCAGUACGACCGCAAGCGCUUCCAGGACAUCUUCACCACCAUCUUCACCCUCUUCACCUUGCUCACCCUGGAUGACUGGUCUCUCAUCUACCUGGACAGCCGGGCCCAGGGCGCCUGGUACAUCAUCCCCAUCCUCAUGGUUUACAUCAUCAUCCAGUACUUCAUCUUCCUCAACCUGGUGAUUGCUGUCCUGGUGGACAACUUCCAGAUGGCACUGCUCAAAGGCCUGGAGAAAGUGAAGCAGGAGAAGGCAGCCCAGAUCUACGAGAACCUGCUGGAAGACUCCCUGACCGAGCUCAGCAGAACAGAGCCUGAAGGAGUGUUGAAUGAGCUCACGCUACAGAAAAAGCUACUGGAGAAGAAAUUUGGGUCCCUGACUGAGAAGCAGCAGGCGCUCCUGGCCCGGUUCCUGCAGCUGGUGGCCUCCGUGGAGCACCACCAACUGAAGUUCCGCUCCCAGGCCUCCGUCAUUGACGAGAUUGUUGACACAGCGUUUGAGGCUGGAGAAGAGGACUUCAGGAAGUGA